AUCCAACCAAUCGGGUGCUAUUUUACUGGGACGCCUUGUCAGAUGUUCACUAUCAAAACAAGAUUGUAUUAGCUAGCACGUCAGAUCAAUUUACGACUACAGGUAGACUUAAACCAUUUAGGUUGUAUGUAUACUGUCUUGGUACUAAGAUUUAGUAGGUUUAUAGAUUUCGCUGUGGUCGUUUCUUCUAUCUGUAGCUAACGUUAGCUAUUUUGAAAUCGCCAUUUUAAUUUCUGGUGGUGGGGGCGGUGGGUGUGCUUGCCGGUGUUAGGUAGCUACUACUACCUAGCUAGCCCUGUUAGCUAACCGCUGGGUUGCACAUAUUAACAAACGGUUGACCCAGUAACAUUAGAUCGCGCUUUACAAAUAGUUUGCUGUCUAACAAGCUUGGCUAGCUACAUGUUUGGGUUGUUAAUGAUAACUAGAUUUUAAGAUCCAAAGUUAGCUAGGCAGGAAAAUAACGUUAGCUACGAAGUCAGUCUGCUACUCAACUGGUUUACUGGCUAGCUGUACAGGACUUUAUUUCUUCAGCAACCAAACUGGACAAAACGUUGGAUUUGGUCGGGUUUAAGUCGGGCUCAGCGGGUUCGCUGACCCCACAGAAGAAGAUGAAGAAGAGAAAAGAACUUAAUGCAUUGAUCGGACUUGGGGACAGUAAAAGAAAGAAAACCAAAAAGGGUUCCGGCCACAGACUUCUCCGAACCGAGCCACCACCAGACUCAGAAUCGGAAUCAAGUUCGGAUGAUGACGAUGAAUUCAGCAACCUUGGUACUGUUGCUGCUUUUGGAAAAAGAAGUUACGUGCAGUGCUGCAAUGUCUGCUAUCCUUUGUUUCUAUUCAUCAUCCUGGCUGCCUGUGUUAUGGCUUGUGCCGGACUUAUAUGGAUGCAGAUUGCCCUGAAAGAAGACCUAGACUCCCUUAAAGAAAAACUGCAUACAAUGGAAUCCAGCCAGAAGGUGUCAUCGCAUGAAAUGCCCAAACUUAGUGAAGAUCUGAAGACGAAGCAGAGAAAGCUGGAGGAUAUUGAAAGUGGAGACAGGGGUCUGAACAAACUGUGGUCCAACCUUACAGAGAUGAACAGAAAGAUUAGUUUGCUGGACACUGCAGUGAACCAUCUUAAGGCCAACAUCAAAUCCGCCUCGGAUUUAAUCAACCUUCCAACUACAGUUGAAGAGCUCCAAAAGAGUGUGGCUACAAUAGGCAGCACAUUAACCAGUGUGCAGCAUGAUGUGAAAACAAUGCAGACCGCCCUUGAGGACCGGAAGAAAGAAAUGGAUGGUCUAAAGAAGACCACGAACGUCACUCAGUUCAGAGAAGUUGUGAGUGAGGUUAACAGGACCCAAGAGCUCUACCACUCCUGGGCCGAUGACCAGAUCCACAGUCUCCAGACCACUGUGUCCAACCUCACUCAGUGGGUAUCUUCCAUGGAGAAGGGUCCUCCUGAGACACCACCACACUUUGACUUUGUGGAGGUAGUUGAACCAGUGUCUGUCAGUGGAAAUGCAACAGUACCAGCAAAGAGCCCUGUAAACGAGAGUGACACCAACGCAGAUGAAAGGACGACAGCACCUUCAGAAGCUACACAUGAAACAUCCACAGGUUCCAAGCCAACAAGACGUCCACGCUUUUUGACUCCCAAGCGCUCCAAGAGAGAGUCUGGUACAGAAAGCUCAAAGACGCUGCAGUUUCCUCGAGUGAGUUCUCUGAAAGAUCUGACGGAGCUCUUUGUGCGCUCCGGGACCGACCCCGGCUCUCAAGGAAUGUCUUACCAGGUCCUAAGGAAACUAUUUGACAAAGCAACACCGGACCCCCAUUGUCUGGAACGCUACGACGUAAACGGGGACCAGAGAUUCUCACUAGAUGAACUGAAAGCGGCUGCAGGUCUGUGAGAAGAUUGGCCAUGUGAGUAGUACAGGGAGAGGUCUCCAGUGUGCUCUUUACUGAACUGAGUGUUGGAUAACAAGCUGAGUGUGGAACAACGGCACUGACAAGCCUCCCCCUGCACCAUUUACUGGUCUGACACACCUAAGCUACAGUAAGCAACAAAGAUCCGAGAUUGGAUGUUUCUUGUGGUUUGACAAAGGUUUACAAAAUAGACUUUUCAGAAAUCUCCUUUUUAGACGUACGACCGGUUAAGUUGAUGUCAAAAGAAUUAUUUAGUAGACGUUGUGACUUAACCAAAAUAUUAUGUAUGAUGUAGUGUCUACCCCAAAAACCCUCCCAGAUACAUUCAGUUCCUCUGCUUAUUUUCUGUCUCUUCAUUCCACAUUUUAAGUAUGGAGUUGUUUUCUGCUUUGUCCUUUUCUUUUUUAGCAGUUUUCAAGUCUGCAAGAUUUGAAGGGCUAUAAUGCACACCUAAGUAGUUGAAUGAAUCAGCUUAAAAUAUUAACUCCUGAAGCAUAUGUAGCAAUAAGACUAUGUUGAUGGGCUUAUAGCGGGGUGUAGUGAUAGCUUAACUUUGCAGUAUAUUAGUGUUGUGCGUGUCUUGUACAGAUAAAAAGACAGAUGUAAGCACACCUGGCUGUGACAAUGUAACAGGUAGCGAGAGAAGCACUGAUCCCUCUUAACUGGAUUCUAUUAGAACUUUUGUGUGGGCCUUUACAUGAGAAAAUGCAAAUGUACAGAUCAGAAUAUGUCAAGUCACUCAGCACUUGUAUUAUGUAAAUAUGGUAGGAUUUUUAAUAUGGUGUCCAUUAAGAUUGACUUGUUUGGGGAGGAUGGGGUGGGAACUAGGGCUGCAUUGGAUUAAGGUCUGAAGAAAAUCCUCAGCAUUGUACAUUGUAACGGAAAGGAUUUUAUUAAGUUGUGCUUUGCAUGUUGCUCAUAAUGUAACAUGAAUAAAUGUCUAAUUUAUAAAUCU